AUGGAGUUAAUGAUAGUAAACGUGAGGCUAAGACAUGAUUAUAUUAUAUUGCCAUGCCAAACUCAUAACCCAUCUAGUUCUUCUUCUUCUUCUUUCCAACUUGUAAAGGCAAGCCUAAAAUGAAGUUUUCUUCAUCUUCAUCUUCAUCCUCAAUGAGAAAGAACUCCUCCACCUAUUCCUCAUACCUUAUCACCAUAUCCUUCAUCAUCUUUGUGACCAUUCUCUAUGGUGAAGACCUCACUUGCAUUCUUAGGCAACCAUUCCUCUACUAUCAACAACUAGACCACUUUGAUCAACAACAACUACUCCAACAACAAGCCUCAGAGAAAAAUAGGACAGUGCCGUUCGUGGUGGGAACGACAGAGCCCGGGUGUGAUAUCUUCUCCGGUGAGUGGGUUUACGAUGAAGAAACCCGGCCUCAAUAUGAAGAAGAAGAAUGCCCUUAUAUUCAACCUCAACUAACUUGUCAAGCUCAAGGUAGGCCUGAUAAGGCUUAUCAACAUUGGAGGUGGCAACCUCAUGGAUGUUCUCUACCAAGCUUUAAUGCUACUUUAAUGCUUGAGAAGUUAAGGGGAAAGAGAAUGUUGUUUGUGGGUGAUUCAUUGAACCGUGGGCAGUUUGUCUCUAUGGUUUGUCUUCUUCAUAGAGUGAUCCCUGAAGGAGAAAAAUCCUUCAAAACCGUUGAAUCUCUUACAAACUUUCAUGCAAAGGAGUAUAAUGCUAGCAUUGACUUCUAUUGGGCUCCAUUCCUCGUCGAAUCAAACUCUGAUAAUGCGAUUGUGCAUAGAGUUUCCGAUCGAAUAGUCCGUGGAGGAUCGAUUAAAAAGCAUGCUAGACAUUGGAAAGGAGUAGACAUCAUGGUCUUUAAUACUUAUCUUUGGUGGAUGACUGGCAUGCCAAUGAAGAUCUUGAGAGGUUCUUUUAGUGGGGAUAUGAAGAACAUAACAUUGUUAGAAACUCCAGAUGCAUAUCGAUUAGCUUUGCGGAGGAUGUUGAAAUGGUUGGAGAAAAACAUGGAUCCUCAGAAGACAAGAGUGUUCUUCACUAGCAUGUCUCCUACUCAUGAGAAGAGUUUUGAAUGGGGAGGAGAACAAGGAGGGAAUUGCUACAAUGAAACAACUCCUAUCAAGGAUCCGAACUAUUGGGGAAGAGGAUCAAGGAAGAGCAUAAUGCAAGUGGUGAAGCAAGUGUUUGAAACAUCGAAAAUUCCAAUCACUGUGAUCAACAUCACUCAGUUAUCGGAAUACCGAAAAGAUGCACACACCUCCAUCUACAAGAAACAAUGGAAUCCAUUGACACCAGAGCAACUUGCCAAUCCAAGAAGCUAUUCUGAUUGUGUUCAUUGGUGUCUCCCUGGUCUUCAAGACACAUGGAAUGAGCUUCUCUUUACAAAGCUUUUCUUUCCUUGAGCCAAGAGUCAAUUGGUUGUUCAACUGUUUCAUAUUCUUGAGUUUGUUUUCAAGUCAAUUGUAAUCUUAAUGGAAAAAAGAAAAGAAGUUUUCAACUCAUCCCAUGUGCAUUGUUCUUCAAUUUCAAUGGCUUUGAAUGGAAA